AUGGUUAUUGACAGUCCAAGAGAUAUAAAUGCAGAUCAAGUAACUCAAUGGUUGACAGAAGCUCAACACACGUUAGAGAAAGCUCAAAAAUUAUGUAGUAGUGCUCAAUCACUGUUGGAUUCCACAUUUCAAAAAUUAACCACUCAACUACCCGACGAAUUGCACAUAGCUGAAUUAAUCUAUGACUCCUAUCAAAAUCAAUAUGAUGUUAUUAAUCAACUAGUGGAUCAUGUCAAGACAAUCUUAAAGAAUAAAGUUGAGCAAGUUAGUGAUGACUUUAAGAAAUUACUUGACCCGAACUUAGAAAUGUUGGAAAAGGUAAUGACACAAUUAAAAAAUACAGAUGUGCCGUCAAUUAUCUUAAUCGAAGAAAAAUCACCAGAGAAGAACCUUUUAGACUUCAUUGCCACAGAAUCAACAGAAUUAAUUAAAAUCAACAUUGAAAUUUAUCGAUCAAACUACCACAAGAUUAAAAAGCUAUUGGAAAGUCAAUUGCAGAGUAAUAUACUUGAAAAAUUAAGUCAUUUUAAUAAGCAACAUCAAAUAGUUACCAAAGAAUUUGAUCAAUUGGGGCCAGUCCAAGUGGAGCUUAGAACAGCUCAUGGAAAUAUACUAGAGUCAAAACAAAUUAUUGGUACAGUUUUAAGAGAGAAUCACUCUUUGGAAAAUGAGUUAGUGUCAAUGUUAGAGAUGUUAACAAACCACUAUGAUCAAUGUAAUAAAGCUGUGAAAUUAACAUAUUCCAAAACUGAGAGCUUGAACGUGAAUCUAGAGGUUCUUGAAAAUGACGCAUCAGAAUUACCCGAAGUUUUCAAAGAAUUAAGUACUAUAUAUGAUAUUAUUGUCACAAAUGAAUCAAAGUCUAACAAAUUAUUUGAGCAAAAUAACGAUUAUAUCAAAAAUAGCGUAAAUAUUAUGAAAGAGGAGCUUAACAAGUAUAGAGAAUUCAAGACCAAGUCAAUACCAGAGUUUUUAAUGUUACUUGAUGAAUGUUUUAACUUCUUACAAAAAUGUUCAAUUUCAGAUGCAGAAUUAGUCGACUUAUCACCAUGUGAAAUAUACGCGGAAACAAUCAAACAAGUGCUAUUUCAUUAUACUCAAUUUUUAGACAUAUACAAAUCAAAAUACUUAUCAGAGUUAUAUCAUGAACAAUAUUUAUACCCUAAAAAGUAUUUGAAAAAAAUUAAUGAUUUUUUAAAUGAAGAUUUGUACAGACUACAAUUAGAAGAAUCAAAUCAUAGAAAGUCAUGGUUGACAAAAUAUGGAGAAUUUAUACCCAAAGAAUUUAAGUUGCCCGGUGAACAAGAGAUUCCAUUAGUUGUACAAGUUGUAACUCAAGGUUUAGAACAUGUUCAACAAAAUUCAAAUGGUGUUGAAGAAUUCAAUGAAGGUGAAGAAAAGCAGUUGUUAGAUUUAAUUAAAAAAAUAAAAUUACAGAAGUGA